CGCCCUCCAUAAUAAUAAGGGGGUGGAAACAAUUUAGAUAUUCGAGUUUUGGUUAUACAUUAGCUAAAGCCAUAACCAUAAAGCGUAAAGCGUAAACCAUAAACCAUAAACCAUAAACCAUAACCGCAUACCAUAACCGUACCGUAAAACCUUCAACUGUAAACCAUAAAUAAAGCGUAAACCAUAACCAUAAAGCGUAAACAGUAAACCGUAAGCGCUAGUCCACUAGAAAUGGUAAAUGCCUUGAGCUACCCUUUGCCUUUUCCUCCACAGUAUUCCUCCACAGCACUCCUCCACAGCACUCCUCCGCAGCACUCCUCCACAGUACUCCUCCACAGUACUCCGUACUCCGUACUUUGUACUCGGCUUGCAUUUUGCAGCUUGCAUGCAGAGAACAGCCAAACCAGGCCCACCGCAGUAGGCGACCUUUUGAGUUCAUUGUCCGACUUUCUCCUUCUGCAUCUCCGUCUUUUGUCUUUUGUCUUUUGUCUUUUCAAAAUCCAGAAACUAGAAUUCAGAAACCAGAAACCAGAAACCAGAAACCAGAAACCAACUUGUUUCCUGUCUUUAUCUUUGUCUUCCAUUCGCCUCUCCUUCUGCAUCUCCCUUUUUCUAGAAUCUAGAAUCUGGGAACUAGAAACCAGGAACCAGAAUCAAGAAACCAACUUGAUUCCCCUCUUCGUCUUCAUCCUCAUCGUUGGCAUUGAACCACGGUUCAACUUCCACCAAUUGAGCUUUUCCCAGUCAGUCCGCUGCAUACUGUAGACUGUAGACUGUGCACUGAAGACUGUACAAAGUACAACAGUCCACUGUAGACUGUAAACAGUACAAUUGUUCAUGCGUAUCACCAGUUUCUGUACAAACGUACAGUAUACUUUGCACUGUUUGCAGUAGAAUGGGACAAAUGAAUCGAUGACCAUACUGGUUGCAUAGCUUUCUUAAAGC